UGUUUGAUAAAGAGCAUAACAAGGUAACAACACUGCUUCACAUAUUAAGUGCACAUACAUUUUUAAAUUGUUGAUUAACAAAUCUCUUUCUUAUAUAAUAAUAAGUCUACCGAAGCUUUGCCUGAGAAAGAUUUGGUUUUAUUAUUCUUAACGAAUGCAGAUAAAAAAAAUAACCUGUCUAUAUAUGAUAAACCAAAUAGCGCAUUAGUGUCUAUGGAAAAUUUUCCAAAGUUUUAUGGAUAUACAUAUGCGAGUCGCGCACAAUUCGCAUCUGCGAACGAAAAAGUAUAUAUUAAUUCUGCACCUGUUGAGUCACUCGUAAUUCUUGGCUUCAAUGAGGAUGAGAGGAUUAAUAUACGUCUUAAACGCAAAGAACGCCCUUUCGAUAAUAUAGACGAUAUAAAAAAAAGGCUUGGCAUUGAUGAUGAGAAAUGUAAAAAGUUGAAGCUUGCUAGGAUUUUUUUUUAAUCUUGGAAGUUGAUGACUUCUGUAUUAAAUAGCAAUAUCAUAGAUACACAUGCAAAAACUAGUCAACAAAUGUCCAUGUAAAUUCAAAUUAUUAUGUAAACAUAUAAACAUUGUAUAAUUGUAUUAAUCACGUUUUUUUAUUAACACUUAAUUUAAUAAUAUUAUUACAUAUUUAUAUAAUAUUGUAAUUUACAUAAUUUAAACUAACUAAAUUUUUAUUUAAAAAAUUACUUUAUAAUAUAGUUGGUAAGUUAUUU